AUGUUGCAAUCAUGCCUCUCGCUACUUGUUUUCUUCGCAUUCGCUCGCUUUGCCAUUGCUUCUGCCGAUGAGGCCGUGACCCUCGAGGCCCGUGCCGGUCGUACCACCACCAUCACAUAUGCCUGGACCGGUUGCACGACCACCACUCAGACCCGCGGCUCAAGGCCAACUACUCUCGCUGUAUACACUCCCAGAACCCAGUGUGUCCCUGUCACUUCCACCGUCACUCAGAAAUGGACUGGCUGCACCACUACCACAGUGACCCGUCCCAUCAACACAUGGACGACAACCGAGUUGGUCUAUGUCCCCAGGACCACCUGCGCCCCCACCACCACAACCGUCAAACAGGCCUGGACUAGCUGCACCUCGUCGACUUCUACCCGAACUGCCAAUGCUUGGACCACAACCGAGAUUGUCUACACGCCGAGGACUGUGUGUCCGACGCCGACCACCACCACAGUUCGCUCCGCCUGGACCAGCUGUACCAGCAGCAGCACCCUCCGUAGUACCAACACGAUCACUACUACGCAGGUGAUUUACACCCCUAGGACCGUCUGCCCGACCACGACCAGGACCGUCACUGUCCCCUAUGCCUCUUGCACGACAUCGACGUCCACCACCACCAUCCCCAAUGGUCCCAAGACGGUCUACCUCUACUCGCCUAGGACGGUCUGUCCCGCUACCACCACGACCAAGCCGUCCACUACCUCGAGCGUGGCGGCCACCACCAGCGCACCAGCGAGCACCGCCAGUAACGCCAGCACCACAUCCGCUGCCCAGUCUACUUCCUCGAGCGCUGUUCAGUCCACCUCCUCAACUGCGGCUCAGUCGACAUCAUCCACUGCAGCCCAGUCCACUUCGUCCACUGCUGCUCAGUCGACGUCUUCUGCUGCCCAGUCAACGUCUUCCACUGCUGCUGCAUCUACGUCGCCUUCUUCUAGCGCCGCCGCCUCGAGCACUGCUGUUUCUGAGAACCUAGCUACUACCACACCCGCUGCCUCUACCACAGCUGCUAGUACAGCUUCAAGUAGCAACGCCUCCAGCACUCCUGCUUCUAGUACUAAUUUUUCCAGCACGGCCUCAAGCACGGAUGUUUCUAGCACCCCUUCAAGUACUGAUGUUUCAAGUACUCCCUCAAGCACCGAAAUCUCUAGCACGUCUGCUUCUAGUACACCUUCAAGCAGCGACGUCUCAAGCACUCCUGCCUCAAGUACCGAUGUGUCUAGCACCGCUUCCAGCACGGAGGUUUCCAGCACCCCUGCUUCCAGUAGUAUUUCCAGUACUGCUUCAAGCACCGAUGUUUCUACUACACCUUCAAGCACCGAUAUCUCCAGUACCGCCUUGAGCACUACUCCUUCUGAGAACCUGGCUGCUUCUAGCACCCCGGCCUCUACCUCGGAUAUUUCAAGCACACCUUCAAGCGCAGUUGUUUCUAGUACCCCUGCUUCUAGCACGGAUGUCUCAAGCACUUCUGCUUUAAGCACCGACGCCUCUAGCACUCCGGCUUCCACUACAGAUGUCUCCAGCAACACUCCUGCUGCCACUACAGAUAUCUCUAGCAGCACUCCAGCUUCUACCUCAGAUAUUUCGAGCACUCCUGCCCCUACAGAUGCCUCUAGUACCCCAGUAUCUAGCACCGCUGCUUCUACAGAUAUCUCUAGCACUCCUGCCUCUACAGAUGUCUCUAGUACCCCUAUAUCUAGUACUGCUGCUUCGACAGAUGUCUCUAGCACCCCGGCAUCUUCAGCUGCCUCUAGUACUCCUGCUUCUACAGACGACUCUAGUACCCCCGCAUCUAGCACUCCUGCUUCUACUUCAGAUAUCUCAAGCACUCCCGCUUCAACAAAUGCCUCUAGUACUCCUGCUUCUACUUCAGAUAUCCCUAGUACUCCCGCUUCAACAAAUGCCUCUAGCACUCCUGAUUCUACUUCAGAUAUCCCUAGUACUCCCGCAUCUUCAGCUGCCUCUAGCACUCCUGCCUCUACUUCAGAGAACUCAGGCACUCCUGUUUCGACAGAUGUUUCGAGCACUCCUGCUUCACCAGAUGUCUCUAGUACCCCAGUUUCUUCAGAUAUCUCUAGUACGCCCGCCUCUACAGAUAUCUCCAGUACCCCGAUUUCUUCAGAUAUCUCUAGUACUCCUGCCUCUUCAGAUAUCUCCAGUACUCCGGUUUCUUCAGCUGCCCCUAGCACUCCUGCCUCGACCGAUGUCUCCAACACCCCGGUUUCUACUACGGAUGCCUCUAGUACUCCUGCUUCUACAGAUGCCUUUGCCACACCUGCUUCUAGCACCAGCAUCUUCAGCACUCCCGCUUCCGAGACACCCCUGUCCUCGACUGAUAGUGCAAUUGCCACACCUUCAGUCACUCCUCUGUCUACUACCGAGGACUACUGUGAGCCUACUGCUACUCCUAUCUCUACCUCGUCCUCUUCGAUAGCUCCUGGUCCAGAUGGAACCACCACAUUCACUUAUACAUGGGGCGGUUGCACUGCCGCCUCUGCAGUGAAGAGUUCGACUGUAUUCCUCUACACACCCAGGUCGGCUUGUGCCGAUACCACAACUCCAUCGACAGCCGCAGCCACUACCUCUAGCUCGGAGACAGCUUCAUUCGCUGCCUUGGUUGCGGGCACGACCUCUAGCUCGGUUUCUGAAACUGUCGCCAGCACAAUCUCAAGCUCGGAGACUGUCGCUAGCACUACCUCGCCCAGCUCGUCCUCUGAGCCUGCUGCCAGCACUACAUUGCCCAGCUCGUCCUCCGAGCCUGCUGCUAGCACCACCCCAUCUAGCACUUCCUCAGACUCCACUGCUGCUGGUACCACUUCGUCCAGCUCGUCCUCUGAGUCUGCUGCCAGCACCACUUCAUCUAGCACUCCUUCAAGCUCUACUGUUGCUAGCACUACUUCAUCCAGCUCGUCGUCCAGAUCUUCUUCUUCAAGCUCCACUGCUGUUGCUAGCACAACCCCACUCAGCUCUACCGCUGCCAGCACCAGCUCGUCGUCCAGUUCAUCUUCUGCUAUUCUCAGCACUACCUCAACCAGCUCCUCUGCCAGCUCUACUACAGCCGCUGUCACGACGUCUGGUGCGGCGUCUACUGCUGCUGCUCCCAGCACGACCUCUAGCUCGUCAUCGACCAGCACUCAGUCAUACCUGGCAUCAACCACAGGCUCAUCCUGCACGACCAUCAGGACUGGCUGCAAGGCGCUUGGUUGGGACAUGGAUAUCUAUGCCAACACCUUCUACACCGGUUAUGGCUACACCGGUACUGGUGCUAAGUCUGACUACUACUAUAUUUCCGAAAAGCUCUCUCCUUUGGGCUCAACUCACACAAAUACGACCAACUUCGCGAGCACUGCGUCUGGCACAUACACUACAAUCAGUGGCCAGAGAUACUACCCGAACUGGAGCGCCAGCAUUGGCGGUCUCAAUGUCAACCUCAACAACUUCACCGCUGUUUGGAGUGGCCUCUAUAAGGCUACCACAACUGGUAACGUUACGGUUGCAAUCAGCACAGUCGAUGACACCGCUUCCGUUUACUGGGGCCAUGCCUACGCCUAUGACUGCAAGACGGGUCUUCCAACAGCUUCCACGGCCGGCAGGAAUCUGGCCGGUGCUGGUAGUUUCACCAAGGCGGUGGUUGCAGGUCAAUAUUACCCAAUCCGUGUUGUUUUUGGAAAGGCUUCGGGCACGACCGCGAAACUCACUCUCACUGUGGCUGGGCAAGCUACUUCAAGCACCAAUCCCAUCUACCCCCCUGAAUGCGCUAUGCCGGCAUGA